GGAGGUGCUGACAUCCACCUGCUGUACAGGCAGGCAGCUUCACCUGUGCCUGCAGGUGCAUUGAAGCACAGGUGUGAACAGCAAGCACAAGGUGAGAGCGGACAGGUAAUGAUUUCACACGACUGAGCAGUUCCAGUGAUGUCAAACACGGAUCCCAGGCUCCUCUGAUGGAAGAUCUCAUGGUGUUCGUGUCACAGGUCGGACCAGGCGAGCAGCACGGUUUACUUCACUGCAUGCUGCUGACGCCCACCUGCAGGAUCAUGAAGCCUCCUACCUGUACAGCGCGACUGUAAUAAGUGCAACCAUCCGUUACCACUGUCCUCCUGACCCACCUAGGCUUCCUUCAGCAGAGGCAGUAUCAGAUGAAUCUGACCCCAGAUCUGCUUUCUGUGUCCCUGAGAGCACAAUGCAGCCUCCAGUCUCAGCAGGUGCAAACACAUCUGAGCUGAGCUGCAAUUUUGAGUUGUGGGGGGCGCCGUCGUUUGGAUGCCAGGUUAAUGUUAUUCCGCUUACCCGGCCUCGGGUUGAAGUUAUUCCGGCUCAGUGAGCAGUUAUUGCAGCUGUUGGCUGUUUUCUGACCCACAGGAGGACGUGAGAGCGUAGCUGUUGAAACAGCGCUCGGAUUCAUAAAGGCUGAAGGUGAACCACAGUUCUUUCUUUCACACUUGGAAUUCUUUGCAUGAUUAUCUGGUUUGGAGCAUGUGGGAAGCCGUGACUGAGAAAGGUCUGAAAAGCCUUUUUAUUCCGAGACGAAUGAUUACUGGAUGCCGAGUGAGUGCAAGGAGCCUUUGUUCUUUGGACUCCGCCCCCUCGCCCUUGUGCUGAAGGAUUUCUGCAGGUGGAGGACAAUGGCGAGAAGGUCUGCUGCUUUGUUUCUGCUGUUCUGCUGCUCCGUCAGUCGGGGCUGGUCGGAGGCUUCGGUCCCCCCGCCAGCGGUAGUCUCCCCAGCCCUCCCCGUCCUCUGGGAUGAGCUGCGAGGGCUGAAGGAGCUUGUGCUGAGCCUGAAGGCGGAGGAGGUGGGCCGGCGUCAGAUCCUGAGAAGGGUGGAGAGCUGGCUGAGGGAUGGAGAGGUGGAGGCCGAGCAGCAGAGACGGAGCAUGGAGGGACUGAAGGAGGAAGCGCUCCGACAGGCAGAGGAGCUGAGGGGGAGGGUGGAGGAGCUGGAGGAGCAGAGCAAAGCUCGAGCCGCCGACGUGUCGAAGCUUCAGUCCAGGCUGAACAGCAGCGAGCGCUCGACGGAUGACCUGAAGAAGAAGAACUCAGCUCUGGCGGCGGAGUUGCCGUUCCUGCAGACAAGACUGAGGGCGAGCGAGAGCACCGUGGAACAGCUGAGGAGGAAGAACGCAGUGUUGGCGGCCAGACUGUGUAACGCCGAGAGUCUGAUGGAGGAGCUGAGGCGGCAGAUCUCAGAGUUUCCGGCCUCCAACGCCUCGUCUCUGACGCCUGACAUGUUGGAGCUGGAGGCUCGACUGGGCGCCCGUCUGGAGGACCUGAGCUCUGACGCUGAAGCUCUGCGGGGUGGACUGAAGUCACUCCAGGAGAUGCUGAAACCAGCUUCAGACCUGCAGCUGCUCAGCUCCUCACCAGUGGAGUCGGCGGGCGCUUCAGCGCUCGGCAGCAGGCUGAGUGACGCUGAACGCCGCUUGGAUGAGCUGCACACACAAACCUCAGCUGUCAGAGCCUCGUUGGAAGAAAACCUGUCGGCUGUGAAGAGUCAGGUGCAGCAGCUGGAGCUGACCAGCACGGCUCAGACCGACUCAGUGAAGCAGCUGCAGCUUAAACUAAACUCCACAGAGCAUCAGAUCCACGAGCUGCAGACUGUAACAUCAGAUCAAAGCUCCAAACUGACGAAGCUGCAGACAAGCGUGAACACGAGCGCGAGCCUGCAGGGCGACCUGAACACAGAGAUUAUGAACAAACUGAGAGACGAUGAGAAACAGCUGGAACAGAUGAAGGCUGAGCACACAGCUCAGACCGACUCAGUGAAGCAGCUGCAGCUUAAACUAAACUCCACAGAGCAUCAGAUCCACGAGCUGCAGACUGUAACAUCAGAUCAAAGCUCCAAACUGACGAAGCUGCAGACAAGCGUGAACACGAGCGCGAGCCUGCAGGGCGACCUGAACACAGGCCGUGACAUCGAGCUGUCGGCCACGAUGCUCAGACUGAACGUCACCGAGCGGCGGUUGGACGAGCUGAUGACACAAAACACAGUGCGAGCCGCUGAGCUGGAGUCUGUUUCGGACCGACUGAUGGCGGCACAGAGACGCGCUGAUGAGCUGCAGGUCAGGCUGAACCAGCUGAGGGCCUCGUCCGAGGAAGGAGGUGAGCUGAGGGUGGCGUUUUCAGCCGGUCUGACCGAUUCGGGGUCAGUGGGACCGUUUGAUGAAGAAACAACUCUGAUCUUCUCCAAAAUCAUCACCAACGUCGGCGAAGCCUACAACCAGACAGCAGGUGUUUUCACGGCUCCUGUCAGAGGACUGUACGUCUUCAGCUUCACGGCUGCAGAUUACGUGAAAGGCUACAUGGGCCUGUACCUGUACAAGAACGACCAGCCGAUCGUCUUCAGCCUCGACCUGAACGACCACGGCGGCUACGCCUCCACGAGCAACGCCGUGUGUCUGGAGCUGGAGGAGGGCAACCGGGUGCACCUCGGCCUGCCGGCCAGCUACCGCCUCUAUGACGACUCCCGAAACUUCAGCGUGUUCUCUGGCUUCCUGCUGUUCCACCUGUGAUGGUGACGUCCCGGGAUACACCCAGAUUAUCCAACCUUUGUACAGCAGAGCGAACAGGAAGUGGGAUGAAAGAGGCCACACCCUUAAUAACGCGAACUUUACUCUUUAAUAUAAUGUAAAGCGGAGGAAAUGAUCUUGUAAACAUGUUUAACACGAGUCUCACUGCUGCCUCGCUGGUCACCUGAGGAACUGCAGCUGUUUGUGCUCCAGUGAUCAUUUCAUGCAAGUCUCAGGAGGAGCAGUGACUUUAGCCCCGCCCUGAAUGUAGCAGUCAGUGAAA